GAAUGUUAUUCCGUUGACACAGAGUUGAACUAGCGCGCGCCACGACCUGCAGUUUACUCGGUGAUUAGAUGACAACAAGCUCUACGGCAUCUCACAUACAGAUACACCGGUGUGAUGGACGGGUUAGUGGAGACUCGGUCCCGGCUCUGUGAGCAGUUUGGAACCGUCACUGGGACGGACAGCGCCGUGGCGCAGUGUUACCUGUCUGAAAACGACUGGGACUUGAAGAGAGCCUUGAAUUCUUUCUUCGAAGCGGAUAUGGAGUCGGUUUUUGAUGUCGAGGACACGGAGGAGGGAAAAGAUAGACCUUCGAAUAAGAGAAAGGAGACAGACAGAGAUGCUCCAGAGUCUAAAAGGAAGAUGAACACCAAACCAGCAGAUUGUAUCGACUUGACCGAGGACGAGCCUGCUUGUUCCAAUUCCACGCGCACUUCGGAGGACGAAGUUGACAAGCUCUCGCUCAUCUCCUGGAACGUGGACGGCUUGGACACGAUGAAUAUCGCUGAACGAGCCAGAGGCCUGUGCUCUUAUCUGGCGCUAUACACACCUGACGUGGUUUUCCUACAAGAACUCAUCCCUCAGUAUGUUCAGUAUCUGAAGAAGCGGGCCGUCAGCUACCAGAUCAUUGAAGGAAAUGAAGAAGGAUACUUUGUCGGCCUGAUGCUGAAGAAAUCACGAGUCAAGCUGCAAAACAGUCAAAUGAUUCCUUACCCAACAACACAGAUGAUGAGAAAUCUGUUGUGUGCCGAAGUCAGUUUUUUUGGUCAGGAGCUGUGCUUGAUGACCUCCCAUUUGGAGAGCUGUAAAGACCAGGCAGCCGAGAGGAAGAAACAGCUGAAGGUGGUGUUGCAGAACAUAGCAGAUGAGCCAGAUAACAGGACGGUUAUAUUCGGAGGGGACACCAAUCUUAGAGACUCUGAGGUAGUACAAGUGGGUGGUCUGCCUCCAGGCGUGAUCGACGUGUGGGAAGCGCUCGGCAAACAGGAGCACUGCAGAUACACAUGGGACACUAAGAUGAACAGCAACAAAGCAGUGCCGUAUAUCAGCAGGUGUCGCUUCGACCGUAUCUACCUGAGACCUGCCAAAACGGGCGCCAAGUGGAGUCCCGAUCAUAUGGCGCUGGUCGGGAUGGAGAAGCUGGACUGUGGCAGCUACACCAGCGAUCACUGGGGAAUCUACUGCAGUUUUACCUGUUAAGUUCGGAGUAGUGUGUUAGCUUUAUCUGUUCACAGUCUUGGAAGGAGUCUAAACAUGCUUGAGUGAUUUUAAACAAGUGUUCAGUGUUAUAAGCAGAGGUCAGAGUACAGUGCAUAGGUGUUUUAUCACAACCUGACUGCUUGAUUUAUUUAUUUUUAACCUGUUUUGCAACAUUCUUUAAAAAGUCAGAGUGGUUUUGGACCUUAGCUUGAGAGGGGGAAAAAAAGACCCAGAUUUUGGGGUCAAAAUGUGCACUCUCUCCGGUUUAGCCAUUACUCCACCUCUGUUUCCCUAAUUCUUAUUAACUGCACUUAUUUACUGAUCUAAACCCAACUAUAGGACUGAUUGACAACAAAAAUAAAAAGCUAGAUCUUUAGUGUGUAAUGUUAUGAAUGUUCCUGUUUACUAUUUUCAUGUUGUUGUUUUUAUCCUUGUGUAAAUAUACUGUAUAUUGCGUAAUAUCACUUAAUAAACUAAACUUAAUCAA